AUGGCGAAAUUUAACACAGGUAACAGCCCCACAGAGGAUGUUUCUGGUAACAGUCGACCCUUCAAAGUCCCAGGACAACCUAUCCAUACGGGAUUACAGACAAGAAAAGCAGCACUUGAGAAAUUUGCAAGUCAAGGAAAUACAACUUCUCCUUCAGGACCCAGUACCUUUCACAAAGCUGUUCAUCCUAAGCCUCCUCUGGGAGUCAAGCCUUCAAGUGAUGAUAAAACAAAGGAUCCAAAACCCCCAUAUUUGAAACCAGUGGCACAAAGGUUUGGGGUUCAGCUUCAGGCAACAAACAGAGAAAAUGAUGGAAAAGCUGGAUGCACUAAACCAUCCACCAAAACCAGUGACUUGGCAAAAGAAGAGCCAAAACCUCGGUAUCCAAAACCUGCAGGGAAUAAGUUCCUUAACUCUGCUCCUCAUGAAAAAGAAAAAAAUACUCUGGGAACAAAGCCAAAUUCAAAUUUUGCACCACAGAAGGGUGAAGCAAAACCAGCAUUUUCAAAAGUAACUGGAGUUAAGGAAAAGUUCAUGUCUGCAACACAAGAAAAUGAGCCCAAGCUUCCUUUCUCUAAACCACCUCUUGCACAGAAACCUUCUCUAAACCAUGAGGUCUCCCACAGCCAAGACGCUUCUAAUAAAACUAUCUUUCUGCAAAAAGGACUAUCAGGCCCUAGACCAAAUAUACACUCAUUUAAAGCAGCAAAGGAAAUGGAUGAAAAUAGUAACUGUGCUACAGAAGCUGCAGGUAGUCCUUUUUCUAACGUGGCUCUGAAGCCUACUGGCCACUGGUCCAGCCUAUCUCAAGGCACCCCCAAAAAUGUGGAGGAAAAGGCUGAAGAAAAGGGAGUAAGUGUUGCCAAGAAUAUCUUUCUCAACAAAACCAUCCAGGAAGAAUCAGGUUCUUCUUCUGCUAAGUUCUGUAAGACAAACACAGCGCUUGCUGCAGGAAGGCCAUCAGGUGGAUCACAAGAGAAAGAGGAUGGGGACAGGAGCUCAGGAACCCCCAAGCAGAAAGCCUUGCCCUCACUGUUCAAGCUGGGCCAGCCCCCGCAGAAGCCCAGCAGACCCCCCAACGUGGACCUGGAAAGGUUCCGGAAAAAAAAAAGCCCUAACAGUGAAGGUUUGAAACAGAUAGCACCUCCCUCAGCAGCGCUUUCCCCACCUGCACCACCACCACAUGCUGCUAUGCAGUUGCCACCUCCUCCACCAGCUUCUCACCCAUCCCUGCAGACCCCAGCAGCUCCCAGCCUGCCUCCCAGAAACAUCAAGCCCAGCUCCGAAACAAU